AAAAAGAAGUGGUGUAUAAACUUUAAAGAUUUACUAAUAAGUUUUAUGUAGGACAAAAUUGGAAAUGUCGACUUCUACAAAUGAAGGUGAAAUAGAUCACGUUAUCAUUACAACAACGGCUCUAAUUCAUUCUCCAAAAAAUAAUCAUAAAUUUCAUCAUGGAUUCCUUCCUCGCGAUGAACAAAAUAAAAGAAAUACUAAAACACUAAUUACUAAGGAAAUAGAUAACUUAGAAGAAGCAAACUCUAAGAAUAAACCUAAACCUCUAAUUAAAAAACGGACUGUUAAGGGAAACGUUCGAAGAAAAAAGCAAACUAUAAUUUUAAAACCACUUAUUCCUACAAAUUCUUCAGUUUCUCAAAAAGAAAACAAGACACACGUUGAAAACUCUACACAAUCUACAGGUUCAUCACUUAAUAAAAAAGAAAGCGAAAUAUUUGUCAAAAAACCUAAACUAAUUUCAUCUUCUUCAUGUAGCACUUUUCCAGAUUUAAAUUUUGAAACAGAAAAUAAAAAUAAAUCUAAAAGCAAAUCUAGCUUAAGUGGUAUAUUUUCAAGUGUAUCAAAUCACGAUGUUAAAGAAAAAAAUCCUCAAGUCAUGCACAAAGCAAGUAAUGGGGAAAACAAAAUAAAAGAAGAAGUUGACUUUGUAGUAAGAAGUCCUGAACCCAUAAAUAGAUCCAUACAUAGUGUUGAUGAGAAUAUUUUAACUGUCUCCAAGACCAUUGCGAUGAAUUGGAGCACCCCUAAGCCUAUAAAAAAAAAUAAAAAAUUCAGUCCUGUAGAAGUUUGUAUUGCUGAAAGUAUGCAAACUGAAAAAUCAUUAGAAUAUGAUAUUAUCAGCAAAAAGAAUCGAUUAGUUAAGGAAGAUAUUCAUAAACACGAAAGUUUGAAUACCUUUGAUUCUUUUAAACUUUAUCAACAUCCUGAACCAACCGUUAAAAAUGUGUUAAUUGAAAAUUCAAGUGAUUAUGUGGAACGUUCAUGGGAAAAUUCAGGACAACCCGUUCCAGCUGAACGCGUACUAAGAUUUAUGAAGUUAUUAAGACGUUAUGAAAAAAUGGUCGAAGAAAUAAAAACCGAUCAUGCACAUCAGUUCUUUUAUAAAUAAGCUAAUUAACAAUAUUUAUUACAUAAACAUUAAUUUAAACAUUCAUUGCCAAUUAACGUGUGCAAUAUAUUCCUUAAUUAAUGUUUUAUUAUUUACAUGGGUUUUGUUAAAUGGUCAUUAAAUAAAAGACAAUUUAAAUGUU